GACUUCCUUAUAAUCUUCUCCAAAUAUCCUCACAACCUCACAACAAUUUUACAACAGCCUUUUCAACAAGCUUUCUGAUCAAGGGAAUUCUCAUUCAGAACAAGAAAUCCAGAAAGAUCCAGCAGAAAGAACGUUACUCAAAAUUCUCAUAACAAUCAUCCUUUUUCGCAAUGACUUUCGACUAUCAGUCGGGUGUGGUCUUCGGACUCAACUUCAAGCAACAUGAUGCAAGAAAGAUGCGCCAUGUUUUGAAACAUUACGGAAAACUCCCAGAGAACCAAGGUGCUCGACUUGCCCUGUUUCUUCGUCUGCAGAAUCUUGAAACAAGUCUUGAUGAAGAAGUUUCCGAAACAGUCAAGGACUGGUUCGAAAAUGGUGGUGAUCUUCCACCAAUUCACCCCGUGGCCGCACCUGUGGAAGGACCUGUAGAAGCACCUGCCAAAGAGUCUACUGGGGAUGAAGGAGAGGAAGAAAAAGCCGAAGAAGAUGAGGAGGAGGGCUCUGAUGAAGAAUCAAGCUCCGAUUCUGAUGCUUCCGUCAUCUCUGGUCACGAGUUGCUGUGGAAAGAUAGAGAACGAGCAUUGAGACGCAACCCCGGAAUGGACAUUUUCGACCUUUUCCCGCAGCAUCCUGAUAACCCCGAGCGCGACAACUAUAUCUUCGGUGACGAACCUGACAAUGGCCUGUUUGGGAUGGAGCCAAACAGGACGGAAGAUGAAGAUGACAGCUCGGAAAGUGAGGAGGAGAGCGAAGAAGAAGACGAGGACGAGGAAGAGGAAGAUAAGGAGGAAGAUGAGGAGGAAGAAGAGGACGACGAAGAAGAGGAGAUUGAAGAGGAGAUUGAAGAGGAGAUUGAAGAGGAGAUUGAAGAGGAGAUUGAAGAGGAGAUUGAAGAGUAUGAAGAGGAGAUCGAAGAGGAGAUCGAAGAGAUUGAAGAGGAGAUUGAAGAGUAUGAAGAGGAGAUCGAAGAGGAGAUCGAAGAGUAUGAAGAGGAGAUCGAAGAGGAGAUCGAAGAGGAGAUCGAAGAGGGACCAGAAAGUGGAGAAGCACAAGAGAAUUCCCAAAAUCCACCUGAUAAUGUGGAAUGUGUUAUUUGUGCUGAGGAUGUCCCAAUGGUGGACACAUUGUCUUCCAUCACAGGUGAUUGCCAACAUCCAGAUACCUUCAUCUGCAAGGAAUGUCUCGAUCUAUCGAUCACUACAGAUAUAGACUAUGGACUUUUGAAUGGUAUCAAGUGUCCGCUUUGUACAGCCGUACUUACUGACAAGGAUGUUCAUCAAAAAGCAUCUUUGAAAGUACUUGAUCGUUAUAUGUACUUGAGAGAAAAAGCUUCCAGGCCCGAUACGUUUAUUAUGUGCUUAGGCCCCAAGUGCGGUGGAGGUCAGAUACAUGAAGGCACAGAGCCAUUGAUGAUUUGCGACCAUUGUCAAUUCAAAACUUGUGUCAAGCACAAGUUACCAUGGCACGAAGGACUAUCAUGCGAUGACUUCGAUGUCGAUGACUCACAAAUUGAACGUUUGGAGCAGGAAGAGGCCACGGCUAAGCUACUGGCAAAAGAUUCAAGAAUCUGCCCACAAUGCAAAGAAUGCGUUGUUAGAAGCGAAGGUUGUGAUCAUAUGGAGUGUCGCUGUGGGAAAUCCUGGUGCUACCUUUGCGGCGCCGACUGGGAAAAUAUCAUCAGACUUGGUGAUUCAGCACAUGGCAGAAACUGUCCCAAUCACCCCGAUUCGCACAAGCUCAGUCGAGGCCAGAUCUUAGCCAAUCAGACAGCCCUCACCAAUCUGGUACAUGGUAGACCUGUUGACGAGCGUCAAACUCGAGCCAAGUACGCUAAACAAGCUGCGAGAAGAGAUGAAAUGAGACCAUUGGCAUUAGCUGCAGCAGAGAAGAGGAUGAAGCAGCAGGCUUUGGAAAAGUCAGGCUCCGACUCCAGUAAGUCCGGUCCACCCAAGAAGAAGACCAAGUUGGUUGGCGCCUGGGAGGAAAAGUGAUUUCACGACAAGCCGAACAUCACACUUGAGUAAGAAUAUAAAUUCUAGUCGAACUCAUUGGCACGGGUGGAUACUCAGGACGAAAUGAAUUGAUACAUGAUAGCGUUUGCGCAACUUUCCGCGCAUAGGAUAGGCGACGGAUACAUAUACCAGGAUAGAUUACAUAUAUGGCGUUGUUCACUCAGGAAUACUGUAAUAAUAAUGUCGAGUAGAUUAGCA